AUGAGGCAGAGGCGAUGGUUGGAAACGGUCAAGGAUUACGAUUGUGAAAUACACUAUCACCCCGAGAAAGCCAAUGUAGUCGCCAAUGCGUUGAGCCGAAAGGCAGAUUAUACACCAAUACGAGUACAAUCAAUGCAGUUGGUUGUGACCUCGGGCUUACUAGAACAAAUCCGAGAAGUGCAAGUUGAAGCAGUGAAGAUGGAAAAUUGGAAAAAGGAAAGAAUAUUGGCCAACUACGAUGCUAGUAUUGGGAUGGCACCGUACGAAAUGCUCUAUGGUAGGAAAUGUCGGACCCCAGUAUGUUGGGGUGAAGUGGGUCCACGUGAACUCUCUCACCAAGAUAUAGUUCGAGCCACUAAUGAACAGAUUGAUGUGGUUCAGGCACACUUGAAAGCGGCUCAAGAUAGACAAAAGUCGUAUGCGGACAAAAGCAGGAGACCGAUCGAGUUUCAGGUUGGCGACAAAGUCAUGCCUAAGGUAUCCCCAUGGAAGGGGGUCAUCCGGUUUAGAAAGAGAGGAAAAUGA